AUGCGGCCUCGAGCUCUGUUGAACUCCCGAACUCCCUUUGCUACCGCCCCUCGCACAGCACCAGUCACCCGCAGCUUUGCCACACGACCAGCCACCUGUGCCAGCCGACCGAUUGCCGGAUUCUGUCGCCGGGCCGCUCCUCUCCUCUCUCAGACAUCGCCAUCGUGCAGAUUCACGACAACGGCAGCAAUGGCCUCUUCACUGCCGUUGCUGAAGCGGCCCGUCAAGCUGGCCUGUGUCCAGCUGGCCAGCGGCGCGGACAAGGCGGCCAACCUGGCGCACGCACGUGAAAAGGUGCUAGAGGCAGCGCGAGGCGGCGCCGGGAUUGUGGUGCUGCCCGAGUGCUUCAACUCGCCGUACGGCUGCGACUUUUUCCCAUCGUAUGCGGAGUCUCUUCAACCGUCGCCGCCACCGGCCGAGGCGAGCCCGAGCUACCACGCGCUCGCGGCCAUGGCCAAGGAGGCGGGCGUGUACCUGGUGGGCGGGUCAAUUCCCGAGCUGGUCGAGACUCCCGAUUCCGACAGCUCUGGAUCGAGCAAGAAGAAGUACUACAACACGUCGCUGACCUUCUCGCCGGCUGGCACGCUCCUGGCAACACACCGCAAGGUGCACCUGUUCGACAUUGACAUCCCCGGGCGCAUCCGGUUCCGCGAGUCAGACGUGCUGUCGCCCGGCAACAAGAUCACGAUUGUCGACCUGCCAGAGUACGGAAAGAUUGCCGUGGCGAUCUGCUAUGACAUCCGGUUCCCCGAACUCGCCACCGUGGCCGCCCGCAAAGGCUGUUUCGCCCUCGUCUACCCCGGCGCCUUCAACACGACGACCGGCCCGCUGCACUGGCAGCUGUUGGGCCGCUCGCGGGCCAUCGACAACCAGGUCUACGUGGCCCUUUGCAGUCCGGCCCUCGAUAUCACCGCCAGCUACCACGCGUAUGGCCACAGCCUGGUCUCCGAUCCCAUGGGCACAGUGCUGGUCGAGGCCGACGAGUCCGAGACCAUUGUCGCAGCCGAGCUCAGCGCUGGCCGCAUCGAAGAAACCCGCACUGGAAUUCCCCUACGCGAACAGCGGCGCUUUGACGUCUAUCCAGACGUCAGUGCCGGCAACGUGCGCUUCGCGGAGUAG